UUUGCUGUGUGGGUUUGACAGACCUUUUGUUGGUGACAGCAGAUUUUUUUUAAUAUCAGGGACAUUGUACCUAUCUAUCGGGUGAAAAUUUCUUAAAGAAAAGGCAGCUUGCUAUGGCUCCCUGGCAGAAAACUGGCAAGGAACGAUAUGGAGUUGCAAUUUGUAAUUUUAAGAGCAAAAGUUUACCUCAGAUUUCUCUUCAGAUCGGUGAUGUGGUUCAUAUAUUGGAGUCUUGUGAAGAUUGGUACAGAGGAUAUUUGGUAAAACAGAGGACAAAUUGGGGAAUAUUUCCGAAAUCCUUUAUACACAUCAAAGAAGUUACAAUUCAAAAGAAAAGGAACACAGAAAAUAUAGUGCCUGCUGAAAUCCCAUUGGUGCAAGAAGUUACAACUACGUUACGGGAAUGGGGCAAUAUUUGGAAGCAGUUAUAUACGUCUGGCAAAAAAACUAAAUUCCUGCAGGUGCAGUCCAUGAUGUAUGAUUUGAUGGAAUGGCGCUCACAGCUUCUGUCUGGUACCUUGCCAAAAGAUGAAUUAAAAGAGCUCAAACAGAAAGUGACCUCAAAAAUUGAUUAUGGCAAUAAAAUUCUUGAGCUUGAUUUAAUUGUUCGAGACGAAGACGGAAAUAUUUUGGAUCCUGAUAAAACCAGUGUGAUUAGUUUAUUCCAUGCUCACAAAAAAGCCACUGAGAAAAUUACAGAGAGGAUUAAGGAAGAAAUGUCAAAAGCUCAAAAUGAUUUUACGAUGCAUGGCCGGAUAACUUCUUCACCUACACAUGGUCUUUAUGUGUUUGUGAGAAAUUUUGUGUGCAGAAUAGGGGAAGAUGCAGAACUCUUUAUGUCUUUAUAUGAUCCUGCAAAACAAACCAUUAUAAGUGAAAAUUACUUGGUAAGGUGGGGAAGCAAAGGUUUUCCAAAAGAAAUAGACAUGCUGAACAAUUUGAAAGUCGUUUUUACGGAUCUUGGAAACAAGGAUCUUAACAGGGACAAAAUUUACUUGAUCUGUCAGAUAGUGAGGAUUGGACGCAUGGACUUGAAAGAAAACAAUCUUAAAAAGUGCACUCAGGGUUUAAGAAGACCAUUUGGAGUGGCAGUAAUGGACAUCACAGACAUAAUUAAAGGAAAAGUAGAAAGUGAUGAAGAAAAGCAGCAUUUCAUACCCUUUCAUCCGGUGGUUGCAGAGAAUGACUUUUUGCAUAGCCUUCUUAAUAAAGUUACCACCCUAAAAGGAGACAGCGGGGGACAAGGUCUUUGGGUUACGGUCAAAAUGCUUGUUGGUGAUUCUGUGCAAAUACGAAAAGACUACCCUCAUCUUGUGGAUAGGACUACAGUAAUUGCAAGAAAACUGGGGUUUCCAGAAAUAAUUAUGCCAGGUGAUGUAAGGAAUGACCUAUACAUUACAUUGUUACAUGGAGACUUUGACAGGUCCACCCAGAGGAACGUGGAGGCUAUUAUGUGUGUUUGCGACGAAGACGGAAAAGUUAUACCGAAUGCUAUUUGCAUGGGAGCUGGAGACAAACCAGUGAGUGAAUACAGAUCAGUCCUUUACUACCAAAUCAAACAGCCACGUUGGAUGGAAACCAUAAAGGUUGCAGUUCCAAUUGAAGAAAUGCAGCGGGUUCAUCUCCGGUUCAUGUUUAGACACAGGUCAUCGCAGGAAUCUAAAGACAAAGGGGAACGAAAUUUUGCCAUGGCAUAUGUAAAACUCAUGAAGGAGGAUGGCACAACACUCCAAGAUGGCUGUCAUGAUUUAGUUGUUUUAAAGGGUGACAGCAAGAAAAUGGAGGAUGCCAGCACAUAUUUAUCUCAUCCAUCUACCCGUCAACAAAUAGACACAAAGGGAUCAACAUUCAGCAGAAGCAGCAGCAGUUCGGGAGGGCUAUCUGUUAGUUCACGUGAUGCGUUCUCCAUUUCUACACUUGUUUGUUCAACUAAAUUAACUCAGAAUGUGGGAUUGCUUGGACUUUUGAAGUGGCGUAUGAAACCUGAACUUCUUCAGGAAAACCUUGAAAAGCUAAAAAUUGUGGAUGGAGAAGAAGUUGUAAAAUUUCUCCAAGACACUUUGGAUGCACUCUUUAACAUCAUGAUGGAACAUUCCCAUUCAAGCAAGUAUGACAUUCUUGUUUUUGAUGCACUGAUAUACAUUAUUGGCCUCAUUGCAGACAGAAAGUUUCAACAUUUUAACACUGUGCUAGAAGCAUAUAUAAAGCAGCACUUCAGUGCUACACUGGCCUACAAGAAACUAAUGACUGUUUUGAAGAAAUAUUUAGAUAUUUCCAGCAGAGGAGAGCAGUGUGAGCCAAUUCUUAGAACUUUGAAAGCAUUGGAAUAUGUGUUCAAGUUCAUUGUACGGUCGAGGACAUUAUUUUCACAGCUAUAUGAAGGCAAAGAACAAACUGAGUUUGAGGAGUGCAUGAGGAAACUUUUUGAGUCCAUUAACAAUUUAAUGAAGAGUGAACACAAAACAACCAUCUUGUUACAGGUUGCUGCUUUGAAAUAUCUACCUUCUGUUCUUCAUGAUGUGGAGACAGUAUUUGAUGCCAGGCUACUAAGCCAGCUUCUGUAUGAAUUCUACAUGUGCAUACCACCUGUAAAACUACAGCCACAAAAAGUGCAAUCAAUGAAUGAUAUUGUUCACAGCAACUUAUUUAAGAAGCAAGAAUGUCGUGACAUUUUGCUUCCCAUGAUAACCAAAGAACUUAAAGGAUUGUUUGAACAGGACUUACCCCAACUCAGAGAGAAGAAGUACUGUGUGGAUUUACUGAACAGUAUUCUUCAGGUUCUCAGUUGCCAAGAUCCAAUUUCAACCUACCAUCAUAUACAGGAAAUAACAGUGCAGCUAUUGAGAACGGUUAACAGAACAGUCAUUAUGAUGGAACGUGAUCAGGAUUUAACUAGUCAUUUUGUGGCAUGCAUGACUGCAAUCCUGGACCAGAUGGAUGAUCAACAUUACACAUAUUACAUUGACACAUUUCAAUCAAGUUCAGAUUUGGUGGAUGUUUUGAUGGAGACAUUUAUAAUGUUUAAAGAUCUCAUUGGAAAAAAUGUUUAUCCUUUGGACUGGAUGGCUAUGAGCAUGGUGCAAAACAGAGUGUUCUUGAGAGCUAUCAACAAGUUUGCUGAAACCAUGAACCAGAAAUUCCUUGAAAAUAUGAAUUUUGAAGUACAGCUUUGGAACAAUUAUUUCCACCUAGCAGUGGCUUUUAUUACCCAAGAUUCUCUGCAACUUGAAAAUUUUUCUCAUGAUAAGCGCAAUGAAAUCCUGGACAAGUAUGGAGACAUGAGGUGCCUUAUUGGCUUUGCAAUUCGUGACAUGUGGUACAAACUUGGCCAGAAUAAGAUCUGUUUCAUCCCUGGAAUGGUUGGCCCAAUUUUGGAGAUGACACUGAUACCAGAAGUCGAACUACGCAAAGCCACCAUCCCUAUUUUCGUAGACAUGAUGUUGUGUGAAUACUACCACAAUGGAGACUUUAGAAAGUUUGAAAAUGAAAUAAUACUGAAGUUGGACCAUGAAGUUGAAGGCGGACGUGGUGACUGGCAGUAUAUGCAGUUGUUUGAAACAAUAUUGCUGGAUUAUUCAGCAAAUCAUCCUUAUAUCUCCAAGGCAAUUGAAAGCUUUGUGACUUUGAUAAAGGGCUUGUUGGAAAGGUUAUUGGAUUACAGAGCAGUGGUGACUGAUGAGAGCAAAGACAACCGCAUGAGCUGUACAGUGAACCUAUUGAAUUUUUACAAAGACAUCAAUCGUGAAGCAAUGUACAUUAGAUACUUGUACAAGCUGAGAGACUUUCAUUUGGAUUGUGAGAAUUACACUGAAGCUGCUUACACUCUCUUGCUCCAUACACGGCUCCUCAAGUGGUCAGAUGAGCAGUGCUCCUCGCAGAUUAUGCAGACUGAGUUCCAGAGCUCCCAAACACAUCGUCAUCUUAAAGAGAGUCUGUAUGGAAUUAUUAUUGGAUACUUUGACAAAGGAAAGAUGUGGGAAGAAGCAAUAGCCCUUUGUAAACAACUGGCAGACCAAUAUGAAAUGGAAACUUUUGACUAUGAGCUACUGAGCCAGUGCCUGACUCAGCAAGCAAAAUUCUAUGAAAAUAUAAUGAAAAUUCUCCGUCCCAAACCUGAUUACUUUGCAGUUGGAUACUAUGGCCAAGGAUUUCCUACUUUCCUUCGGAAUAAAGUGUUUAUCUAUCGAGGUAAGGAAUAUGAGCGAAGAGAAGAUUUUCUGGCCCAGUUGAUGAGCCAGUUCCCUUUCGCAGAACAGUUAAACACCACCUCAUCCCCAGGAGAAGAUAUCAAAAGUUCUCUUGGACAAUAUAUUCAAUGCUUUACAGUUCAGCCUGUGUUAGAGGAGCAACCUAGAUUUAGAAAUAAACCGGUACCAGAUCAGAUCAUAAAUUUUUACAAGUCAAAUUAUGUGCAAAGAUUCCACUAUUCAAGACCUGUAAGGAAGGGGUCCAUUGAUCCUGAAAAUGAAUUUGCUUCAAUGUGGAUUGAAAGGACAACGUUUAUCACAGCUUACAGGUUACCUGGCAUUUUACGGUGGUUUGAGGUUACCUCCAUAUUACAUGCAACCAUCAGUCCACUGGAAAAUGCUAUUGAGACAAUGUCUGCAACAAAUGAAAAGAUACUGAUGCUUAUCAAUCAAUACCAAAGUGAUGAACAUCUGGCAAUCAACCCACUAUCAAUGUGUCUGAAUGGAAUUGUUGACCCAGCUGUUAUGGGUGGAUUUGCAAAAUAUGAAAAGGCUUUUUUCACUGAAGGAUAUAUGCAAGAACAUCCAGAGGAUUAUGAAAAGCUAAAUAGGCUUAAGGAUCUCAUUGCAUGGCAGAUACCUUUGCUCGGUGCUGGAAUACGGAUUCAUGAGAAAAGAGUCACUGACGACCUCCGUCCUUUCCAUGACCGAAUGGAAGAAUGUUUUAAGAGUCUAAGAGCCAAAGUUGAGAAGCAAUAUGGUGUAAGAGAACUGCCUGACUUUGAUGAUGGAAGAGUUGGAAGACCACGGUCCAUGCUACGGUCUUAUCGACAGAUGUCUAUAAUUUCCAUGUCUUCAACUGGAUCUGAUUGCUGUACACCAAAUAAAUCUGCAACUGAAAGUUUUGAACUUGAGGUAGUAACGACUAAGGCCAGACAUGAAGAAACAGAAAUAACUACUUUCCAAGUAAAUGCAGAGACUGAUGUUAAAUUAAGGAGAUCACGUAAAAAAACAAAAAGGAGCAGUGUGGUAUUUGCAGAUGAAAAAACUCCCCCUGAAUCUUCUGUAUCAGACACAAAGCGUCUGUCAAGAAAACAUGAAUUUAUGAGUGACACCAACCUUUCAGACCGUGAUGCAACUCCUCAAGUUCUUUCUGUCCUCAAGCAAAUGAGCUUUGCCAGUCGCUCAAUGCCAACUAUUCCAGCAUUCACAUUAUCAGUUGUUAAUGGACCUUCAUCUGAGGACCAGAAUCAAUCAAACAGACUGAGUCAACAAAACAUAGCUAGUUUUGAAGGAGACAAAAAGACUAUUAAGAAAAACAAAGUAAACCAAUUCUUUAAAACAAUGCGGACCUACAAAGUCGCUGAUGACGGUAAACUGGCAGCUGAUCAACAAACAGAACAAUUACCAAUAGACUUGUGAUUACUUCUUUCUCUGACAAAAAGUGUCCAAGUUGAAAACAUAUUUGCAUCAUUCUGGUUUUAUUUUUUUUUUAUUUUUUUUACAAUAUGGGCUAUUGGAUGUUUUAAGUCAAUGUUCUACAAAUAAGGGAUUGAGAACCAUGAACAGCUCGGUAGGGUUUUUACCCCCAUGCCAACUUCAUGAAGGUUGUACUGCAUCCCAGAACAUUUAUUGGCGUCCAAGUCCCACAUUCCCCUACUCUG